CUCUUCCUUCUUUCUUUUUCAAUUUAACUGUCUUUUUAUCACCCCUUGUCAAAUUUUAACCGAACACUCAUUUUUUCUAUUUGUCUUUCUUUUAUCUAUUUGUCCUCUUUUUAUCUCCUAUUAGAAACAACGUUUUUUGUGUAUUUUUGAGCGAUCACUUAGACCACUUUUUAACAAUACUUAUUUAUUAGAGUACAACUUAUGACAAUUCCAGCAACAGUAGUUUAUGCAAUACAUAAUUUUGAAGCAGAAAAUGAGGAUGAAAUCAACUUUCUCGUUGGCGAACCAAUUACUGUCUUGGAAAAGGACGAAAAAUACAUGGAUGGAUGGUGGCAGGGAAGAAAUGUACAUGGAGAGACUGGUCUCUUUCCGAUGAAUUAUACAUCACCAGAAAAGCCUAGAAUCAGGCCCACACAAUUGCAACAGCAACAGCAGCAGUAUAUGCCUAGCCCCCUUUUAUCUUCGCGUUCGUCCGGAUCCACAGUAGAAGAAGAAAUUGAACAUACAAUAUCUCAAUUAGAAAUUAGUUCAAACAAUACCAGCAGUAGUAGUGUCGAAGUUUGGGAUGUAAAUCAAGUUGCCAGUUGGCUUAGAAUGGUUGGAUUUGAAUCUGUAGCAAGCAAUUUCAUUGAUCAAGAAAUUACUGGCGAUAUCCUAUUGGAUCUAAAUAUUGACACCUUAAAAGAAUUAGGCGUUUCUACAUUUGGAAAACGUUAUAAGAUUAUGCAGGCCAUAAAUACGUUGAAGGACGGCUCAUGUCAAAUGGAGAGCACAAAGCCUACUCCUAAUUCCUCUGUCUCCACCAGUGCUAUUUCCUCGAGCCGCCGCUCCAAUACAGGCCAUUAUCUUCAUCAAAAUAAGAAAUCAAACAGCAUAAGAAGAUCUAGCUCGCAGACAGAGCGAAUGUCAACUGCUGGUGAAUCCUUCAUUUCAACGGAUAACAGCAGUAUGAUAUUUCAAUUUCCUCGAAAAGCUCCAUUGCCGCCCUCUAUCCAGCAUCAACUGAACAACAACAAUGAAAACAGCGACCAGGGCGUUUUUCCACAACAUAGUCUAUCGAACAGUCUAUUGAGGCCCUUGUCGCCGCAAAGUCUAUCAGCAGCUUCCUCUUCAACUAUUAGUAGAUCAAAUACUUAUAAUACAAUGUCAUCUUCUGGCAGCGGCUCUUUAAGAAGUCAAGACACGAAACCAGCAAAUUCAGUAUCAACGCCAACAGGAUUUCGUAGUCCUCGAAGAAUGCUAUCACAAAAAAGCCAGCAAAAUGUGGAGAGUAAUGAUUUCAAUUUGAAUUUGAUGACGAAUCAAUCACAACUAUCCUCAACAGUAUCUCCUUCUGUCACUCCCAGCAGCACAACAGCAAAUCAUCACCAACAGCAUCACCAGCCAUUGGCCAACAGGAACGAUUGGUCAACGAAUGAUAUAAGCAACUAUUCUCCUGCGAAUCAUUCAAUGGGUAUACAUCCUUUGAAUGCACCUACAACAUCUUUGUCGACACCACGACAGCCAACACAGAUAGCCAAUACACAUAAAUUAUCCGUUUCUUCAUUUGAUGAACAUACUUCAAGAACAUCAACUUCAUCAGAAGCAUUCCAAGCGCCAGAACACGAAGGAUGGUUGCAUAAACAAAGCGACAAAUACAAAACAUGGAACAAACGAUGGUUUGUAUUAAAAGGAACCAACCUUUUCUAUUUCAAAAGCCCAAAAGAUGUUCGCAUGAAGGGCAUCAUCAAUCUGCGUGGGUAUAAAAUUAUUGUUGAUGAGACAAUACAUGCUGGAAAAUAUUGUUUCAAAGCACAACAUGAAAGAGAAAGAACCUUCUUAUUCUAUACGGAUACGGAAAAGUCGAUGCGUGUAUGGCUGAAAAUGCUGAUGAAAACGACGAUUGCCCGAGAUUUUAGAGCACCUGUCAUGUCAUCUAAUCAUAUUGCAACUGUCUCUUUGGACGUAGCACGCCGCAUGAGACCUAGACCGCCCUCUGUUAUCAUGUAUAAGAACCAAAAGCAACUGAAAAUGAGCACUAAUAGCUCUAACGAUCCUAGCAAAAUGAUGGCGAUGUUGGAAGAAGAAGAACUAGAGUUUAUACCCUCGCCGCCCAUCAUCGAAGAGCAACAAAAAGAGAGUGUUCAUAAGAAUAGACAAACAUGCGAAUCUGGCAUAACGGUGCCACAUCCAGCAAAUAACUCAGUGGAAGAAGAAUAUACACUGUUUUCAGACAACCAUAAUCCUUAUCAUUCUCAGCAUCUGCAUCCUUAUGAUGUGGGAAUAGUAGAUCAAAACCAAGCGGCUUUGAAUAGGCAAAAAAAUCGACAUGAAGAGCAGCGCAUACUAUUGAACGAUGAAGAAGAAGAUUUGAUUGAUCCUCAACAUCGCAGCCUUCCUUCAAGUCAGUCUUAUGCUAGUUCAUCAUCUUCCAGUCAUAGCCUAAUUGUAGACAGUAGCGAAAUACAACAAGAGGGCGAAGAUGAAAAAGAUAAUUGGAGUCCUCAGCAAUAUUUAAAUUGGGUGAACGCUUAUUUACCGCCUGGGAAGAAAGUAUUUGAUUUAAGCAACGGGUUUAGAAACGGAGAAGUGUUGAUUCAACUCUUAGAAGCCAUUAGUCAAAAGGAAGUUAGAAGAUCACGCACACCAAAAGGAGGAUCUAUGAGUGUGAUCAUGUUGGAUAAUAUUGUCGCCGCCUUCAAAUUUAUGGGGCGUGAGGGUGUUGAGGUAGAUGGCCGAUAUACAAUCAAGGAUGUAUUUGGAGGUAAUGAGCCAAAGAUUAUUACCAUGUUGGAAGCCAUCAAGUCUUGGGCAGAUGAGAGGUAUCCCGUCAAGACUUCCAUAAGCCAAUCUUCACCAUCGAUGAAAAAAUCAGAAACGUCGGUUCUAAUUGAUAAGAAAAGUGGCUGGAGAGGGUCUGCAAUGAUGGACAAUCGUAUUAGCCUCUCCGAUGAUGAUAUGAGAUAAAAGUUUCUCUACACGCCAGCCUGCCUUUCUUUCGUUAGCUUUGAAUGGUAUUUCUCUCAAUAACAGACACACUUUGCUAACGCUGCUGCUGCACUUUUUCCAUGUGGUGUUUCGUUUUACUCUCCUUUAACUCUCCUUUCCGAACAUUAUUUAUCUCAGUCAUUCUUAUUUAUUAGUUAAUAUCCAUUGUUAUUAAUACCUAUCUAUUGAAACUUUUCUAUCAUUAUCGUUAUAUUUUAGUCGUGCUUUUCCCUGUUAAGCCCUUUACUGUUAGCAGUAUAUAUCUUACCAAAAAAAAAAGUUAUUCUUUAUACAGCCAUAACCUAUCCGGCUUUUGAGAUAUCCUACCCUCCUCUACCACUUUGAUUCGCAUUUAUAAGAAAAUUACCAAAAUACUGGAUGUUAUGAACAAAUCACAGCAAUGAUGGUUG